AUGUAUGGUCGCCACCCUACAGCUGUAAAAGUGGCUGAAGCCGCCCAAACAAACACAUCUAAAACAUAUUUUGGUUCCGUCUUUGUUAUGGACGAUCCUUUAACUCUUCUUCCCGAUGUAAGCUCAAAGAGAAUAGGGUAUGCGCAGGGUAUGACCGUAUCCGCAUCUCAAACCGAAUUAGGACUGUUGAUGAUUUUCCAUUUUGUCUUCACGGAAGGAGAGUAUAACGGAAGCACUAUUAGCAUUCUAGGACGUAACCUUGUGUUUUCGGAUGUUAGGGAAAUGCCUGUGGUUGGAGGAAGUGGCGCGUUUCGAUUCGCGAGAGGAUAUGCCGAGGGAAAGACUCAUUCGUUAGAUGUUAAGACAGGAAAUGCUAUUCUUGAGUAUAAUAUUCAUCUCCAUCUGGGUUUUCGCAGCUUCAGAAAUGCAGGCAUGAAAGAAAAGAAUUCCGCCACCGCUUCUACACUUGGACGGGUUUUAGCUACUUGUUCUAAGCAGGCCAAAGACUACGGGAGCUGUGUUGCAUCUAAAGUCCAUGAGGUUGAAAAAGACAUGUGCUUGAAAGAGUUUCUUGCACUGAAGAAUUGCAUGCAGCAUACGAUCCGAGGAAAAGCUUGA